AUGGCAAACCCGAACCUGCCAUACCUCCGACCGACCACCGAGCUCUGGGAACCGCUCAGGAGCUCUUCACCUCGUCCAUCUACAGCCCUGGGUCUCCUCUUUUCCUCCCAAAAUGGCACACAUGUUAUAAACAAACUCACCAACUUCCUCCGCACCCAGUACUUGCAGUAUGGCUUCCGCGAAGUUUUGACACCAACGAUCUACAAAAAGUCACUAUGGGAGAUCUCAGGCCACUGGCAAAACUAUAAAGAUGACAUGUACGAGGUGACUGGCCGUGGUGCGACCGGUGAAUCUGGUGGUGAGAUCGGUGAAGAGGAAUCCUAUGGCCUGAAGCCAAUGAAUUGUCCCGGCCAUUGCCUACUUUUCAAGUCUCAGAAUCACUCCUACCGCGAAUUGCCGGUGCGCUACGCCGACUUCAGCCCCCUCCAUCGGAAUGAGGUAUCUGGGUCAUUGACCGGCCUGACCCGUGUACGGCGAUUCCACCAGGACGAUGGCCACAUCUUCUGCCGGCCACAGCAGAUCAAGGGCGAGAUUGCGUCGGCUCUGGGUUUUGUGGAAAUGGCGAUGAACACGUUCGGGCUGGGCCCAUACAGAUUAGUAUUGUCCACUCGCCCAGAAUCCGAUUAUAUUGGUACGUUGGACAUGUGGGAUAAUGCGGAAAGUCAGCUACGCGAAGCGCUUGAUAGCACCGGCCAGGAAUGGACGUUGAACGAGGGCGACGGUGCCUUUUAUGGACCCAAGAUCGAUAUCCAGCAACGGGAUAGCGCCGGAAAAUACCAUCAACUAUCGACUAUCCAGCUAGAUAUGAACUUACCCCAGCGGUUUGGCUUGGAGUAUCAAGUUGCCGAAGGAGAAGAAGAUUACAAUCCUGAGACUCCGGGGGUCGCAACGCCGAUCCUAAUCCACCGGGCAAUCUUUGGUUCUCUCGAGCGAUUUCUGGCUUUGCUCAUUGAGCAGCAUGGCGGGCAUUGGCCUUUCUGGUUGUCGCCCCGGCAAGCUAUAAUCUUGACAGUCAACCAGGAUGAGGCUGUCUUACGGCAUGCUGAAGAGGCAGCGGCGAAGUUCUCUGGAUUCCGACUACUUGCGAAUGAUGGUACUAGCAAGCCACCACGGCCGUUAUCGUCAGUCGACCCAACAUUUUUAGUGGAUCUUGACACUAGUGCUCAAACCCUGGGUAAAAAGAUCCAGCGCGCCAAGCAGAUGAAGUACAACUUGAUCUUUAUCCUGGGCCCCCGCGACGUCGCUGAUGGCGGCAUCAGUGUUGAUAUCACGGGCCAGCUACAGAGCAAGACUGAUAUUGGAGGACAGGAACUCCAGAAACUGGUCCAAUCCCAGUUAGGGGAGAGUGCCCUGAAGAACCCCAAGGCCGUUAAGCUUAAGCUCGAGGAGGUGCAUCCAUUAUUGGUCGAGUUCGAGAAAAACUUCCUCUAG